AUGUCUGGUGCAGACACGGCCGACUCAGCGACGUCCGCACCUCCGAACCCGCCCUCUGCCGCCAAUGACGUGCUGCAACCCCACGAACGGCCUACUUUUGUCACGCCGCGCGACUUCCUCGAGCAGGGGCGCCCCGUCCUGCCGCCGCGGGCGCUGACGGCCGUGGACAAGGAGCAGCUCGAUGGCCUGAGGACCAUCCGCGCCUUUCUCAAGGUGCGGACCAGCUACGACGUGCUGCCGCUCAGCUACCGCUUGAUCGUGUUAGACACGGCGCUGCUCGUUAAGAAGAGCCUGAACAUCCUCAUACAGAACGGCAUCGUUUCUGCCCCGCUGUGGGACUCCAAGACGUCGACCUUCGCCGGCCUGCUCACUACCUCCGACUACCUCAACGUGAUCCAGUACUACUGGCAAAACCCCGACGCCCUCGCCAGAGUCGACCAGUUCCGUCUGAACAGCCUGCGUGACAUCGAGAAAUCCCUCGGCGUCACGCCCAUAGAAACCGUCUCCAUCCACCCUGAACGCCCGCUCUACGAGGCAUGCCGCAAGAUGCUCGAAGCCCGCGCCCGCCGCAUCCCCAUUGUUGACAUCGACGACGAGACGCGCCGCACCACAGUCGUCAGCGUCAUCACGCAGUACCGCCUGCUCAAGUUCGUGGCCGUCAAUGUCAAAGAGACGCAGAAGCUGCGCAAGCCGCUGAAGGAGCUGGUCAAGGUCGGCACGUACGACAACCUGGCGACUGCGUACAUGGACACGCCCGUCAUGGACGUCAUACACAUGCUGGUGAAGAAGAGCAUCUCGAGCGUGCCCAUCAUCGACAAGCAAGGCACCGUCCUCAACGUCUUCGAAUCCGUCGACGUCAUCACCCUCAUCAAAGGCGGCAUCUACGACGACCUCAACCUCACCGUCGGCGACGCCCUGCUCAAACGCUCAGAGGACUUCCCCGGCAUCUACACGUGCUCGAUGCAGGACCAGCUGAGCACCAUCUACGACACAAUCCGCCGCAGCCGCGUGCACCGCUUCAUCGUCAUCGACGACGACAACAAGCUCAAGGGCGUGCUGACGCUGAGCGAUAUCCUCGAGUACACGCUGCUCGAGGGCGAGGAGAACGAGUAG